AUGGCUAGUCGUCGCCCAAAGCAUGGUAGAGAGCAAUUGAGUAGUCCAUUAUCUGCACAAUUGCCUCAAGACUAUCAAAAUCUUUCUCUUCCUCAUAUGGCAGCAACAUCUCCUAUUAUGGCAGAAACAUCCACUAGACUUCCAGAUGUCCCUUUACCACCUAGACCCUCAUUAUCGCCUACAUCUCCUCAAAUGCCAUCACCUGGAAUAGAAUACUCUCAACCUCAUAAUCCACAGGAUGCUCCUAGUAGGUUGACACCAUGGGGUCGUGAUGCCUCGGAUGGUAAGACAUGGAUAUAUCCUGAAAAAAAAACGUUUAAUCCUUCUGUUGCUACUGUGCGAAAUAUUCUUCCUGUAAUUCAAGCGAAAUUUGACCAUCCAUGUUAUUGUUGGAAAGCGACACCUCUUUCAUAUAAGCAAUUGUGGUUUGCUGAAUGGGCGAAAAAUUACAAGUGGCUGCCACAACAUGAAGAAGAUAUUAAAAGAAACUGGAAUGCAAAGUGUGCUGAAAUCUUAAGAAAUACAAUGCAUAAUGUCAGGAAUGACUUGUUUAAAAAAAAUGCGAGGCCUGGUUGGAUUCUAGAAAGUGUGAUGGAUGAUUUAGAGAAGAUAUGGACAUCAGAGGAUUAUAAGGCCAAGUCUGAGAUAGCUAAAGCCAAUCGAGCUUCUUCCACAGGAGGAACUCAACACAAAGCAAGCAGUAUUCCUAUUAGUGAGCAUAAGAGGAGGAUGGCUUUGGAGCUGGGAAGAAACCCUACAAUGUUUGAAUUGUUUAAGAAGACACAUUACAAUGAGAAAACUAAACAAUUUGUGGAUCAGAGGUCGGCUUCAGUUUAUGAUGAUUAUAUGAGGCGGAAGGCAUCCAUGAAUUUUGAUGCAACUUCUCAAAGUGUGCAAUCAAAUGAUCUUGAAGACAUUAAUAUAUGGUUUGAGGUUACUGGUGGUAAAAAUAAGAAGGGCCGCUUCUAUGGGUUAGGAUCUGAGGGUAAAGACAUUGGCUCUUCCUCUCAUGUGUCUUCUUCUUCUAUCAACAACACAGGACUCCAUCCAGAAUUUGAGUCCGAAUUGCAAAAUAGGGUGCAAGAGCUUAGGCAACAGAAUCAAGAGAUUAUGCAACAGAAUCGGGAGAUUCGCCAAGAGAAUCAAAAUCUUAAAGAUACAAUCUUGUCCAGGCUCAAGGAACUUGAGAACAAAAUAUCCGGCCAUCUGACCAAGAUAGUGCAGGAAAUGACUGUUGAGACAUUAGUUGUGUCUAUUUGUAUUUAUAGAACAGACUUCUGA